CGGAAUAUCUAAGUUUUACCAAACUUAUUCAGAAUUUAACCAAAGUUAAUCAGAAUUCAACCAAAAACCAAAUAAAUGUUGGUUUAUUAUUAUUAUUUUUUUUUGUAAAAUGAGCUAACCAAAAAAAAAAAAAAUCUUAAACAGAUAAAUCAAACUAACUGAAUACAUAUGCCUUCAAAAGAAUUUUUUUUUUUUAAAUAGGGUAGGUAGAAAAAGACUAUUUUCUCUACCUUCUCUCUAAAAAGAGAACAAAACCUUAGGCGCCGCUAGUCUUAACUCCCUGUGUCUCUCCGCCGUCAGCUCCGAUGGUGUGAGAGGCUAUGAAGCACGGGGACGGCAAUUCAUAGCCGUCUCACGUACCCGUUACGUUUCCGAGACGGGGACACGGCCGGGACGGCGAGAAAACGUUUCCGUGACGUUUCUCUAUUAUAACUCCAAUAUUUUAAUUACCUAAUGGUUACUGCUCGUGGUUAUAUCAAAUGUUCUCUGUUUUGUUAACUCUAUGAUCGUGUCUAUAUGUUCUUUGCUCUGUUUUUUAGUUUAUGGUUGUGAAUUUAUGUUCUUUGCUCUACUUUUACGUUGAAAUUUAUAGUUUGACUUGUUUAUAGUUUAAACUUAUAGAUAUUAUAUAUUUUUUUAUACACAUAUAUAUGCCGUACCCGUAUCUUUACAUUUUUAGUUUUGCCGUUUCUCGUCCCCGAUUCCGUCCCCGUUUCUGUCCCCGUAUCCGUCUCGGUGCUACAUAGGUGAGAGGCCUCUCGCCUCUGCCUGUUUUGCUUCUGCGAAUCGAAAGUCUAAACCUUUAUACCAGUGGUGAUUGGUUUGGCGUCAGAGGAGUAAGGAGGCUUGGGUGGCUCUCCGGUGGCUUGAGGACGGCUCUGGUUGCUCCCGUUAUCUCUAUCUCUCCUCUUGGCGUAUCGUGCUCUCGAAGGUGGUGUUUGACGCUGCGUGUGGAGUGGUGGCCCUGAAGUCGCGUGUGUGGGGCGGAGUCUUGUGGGCUGUGGAGGAAGCUCGCCGGAUGUCGCCUUAGGUCGUAGAUCUGCUUGGGGACUAUGGAUCUGCCCCCGUAGGAGUUCUCUCGGCUAUGGUUGGCGUUCGUGCUCCUGGAGUUUUCUUGCAGGGGAGCUCUUCUUGUCAAAGUGGCGGUGGCACGUCUGUUUUGGUAUCUAGGGUUUUCAGCCCCCAUUUGGGCCUUUCUUGCCCUUGGGUUUUUCCUGCAAUUUUUGGUCUGGUUUGGGUUAAUAGAAAUAUUGUUUUGGUUUGGGCUGUAGAUUCAAGCUCAAUAUGGGUCUCUGUAAGGGUGUUUUAUAUAAACCCAAAGAAUACAAAAAAAAAAUUUAAUAGAAAGCCAGUUUCAAAUUUUUUUUUUUAAAGAAAUUGGACGGAGAGCUUGUGGUCAAGGGGUAAGGUGAAGGGCUUGGGAUGUCACCACAUUUCAGGUUCGAUCCACCUUCCAUGUGAAAGAUACCUAACAUAAAGUAUUUGAUAGUAAUUUUCUUUUUUUUUUAAAAUCCAAAAUGAAAGAUAAUUAAAUAUAUAUAUAUAUAUAAUUAUUAUUUUUUUAUUAUAUAAAGCUUGGUUCUUCAAAGUUGACAAUUUUUUUUACAGCAAAAAUAUCAUUGGUCCAUAGGGGUCAAUGAGAGGUUGAGGAAUGUGUUUGACGCGAAGGCGAAAGUGUGCUUGUUGGACACGGUCUCCAACCGGAAGGGUGACUGGAUCGUGAAGGGGGUAUGAGCGUGGCAAACCCGCUGAGCUCACCACGGAUGUGUGGGAUGGCCUCAUCCGUUAUUGGCGGGAUCCUGAGUCCAUCAGAAUCGCCCAGUCUUGCUCUGCCUCCCGUAACAUGGUAGAUGAGCACGGCCAUGGGCCGAUGCUUCACUCUACGGGCCAAAAACUCCACACCGGUGUCCGUUUGAAAAUGAUAAUUAAAUAUUUUAUUUAAUUAAUUUUUUAAUAUAUAUGUAUAUAUAUAUAUAUAUGUAUAUUCUAACUUUCUUAAAUGUUUUUAGGCCAAAGAGAUGGGACAACUCCCGUCUCUAAUGCAACUUUACAAGAGCACUCACAAGAAUAAGGCGGGCCGAUUUCUAGAUGGCAAGUCCGAGCAAAUCUUCAACGACUUGGUUGCUCAGGUUGACGACCGCCAGAUCCAGCUGACCCAGCAAUCCACCGACAGACUACCCGUCACCUUAUCCACACUUGAGGUGGAUAAGAUUUACGAGGAGGUAAAUUUUUAAAAAUUUUAAUUUUUUUAUUAUUCAUUUAAUUUAACUUUAAAUUUUUAUUAACAAUAUUUAUUUUUUGUUUUUAAGGUUGUCCCUAAGAAAAAGGGACGUACGUUGGGGAUUGGUUCCGUCAACGAUGUUCCGAGAGCGACAUCGUCUUAUGGUCAGACACGGGAAGAUGAAGUCACUUAGCUGCGUAAAGAGUCCACUCAGCUGCGUAAUGAGUUGGACUCGACACGAUAUGCAUUCACAGCUCGUGUGGGUGGACUCGAGGGCUUCUUGGACGUUGUAACGACCACAAAUCCGGAAUGGGAGUCCUUGUUGAGGAACAUGCGACGAUAAAAUCCCAUUCCAGGCGAGUCAUCAUCCGACACACAUGCCGAUGCAGAUGUAGAGAGGAGGAGUGAUAAUUCUACCAGACGAUGAACGACUCUUAGUUCUUUUUUUUUGGUUGUUGUAUUAUAAAUUCAAAACUUAUUUAUAUAUAAAAUUUUUUGGUAUUGAUUUAAAAAAUAAUAAUUUUAUUAAUAAAUUAAAUAAUUUUAAUUAUUUUUUAAUUAUAUUUUUAAAUUCUGUAAAAUAAAAAACGAAGUAAAUUCGUAGCUAAUUUACGACUUUUUUACGUGGAAAGUUUACGAGGAAAUGACGAGGAAGGAUAAACGAGUAUUUUACGAGGAAACUUUUACGAGGAAAUGACGAGAAAAGAUAAACGAGUAUUUUAUGAUGAAUACUUUCGAGGUAUUUACGUGUACUUUACGAGGAAAUACUUUCGAGAUAUUUACGUGUAGUUUACGGGCAACACCUUUCGAGGUAUUUACGAGGAAAUAUAGCGAUCUCCUUACGUGGAAUAUUUACGUUGUCUUGUACUUCGUCUUUACGACAAAAUCUUUUCCUCGCUAACUUACGACGAAUUGGCGAGGAAAUAUGCGUUACGACGAACGAGUAACGUCGAAACGUAUUUCCUCGCUAAUUCCCCGUAAAGCCUCUUUUACGAUGAACUCACGAGGAAUACCCCGUCGUUGAUCUUUUGUUUUCUUAUACUGUAUUGUGGUCAGGCCGAACAAUCGGGCCGUUUGAUCUCUUUUUGGGCCAAUCCGAUGCGCUUAUGUGGUGCUGAGCGAAAGGCUGAGCCGUAGUGGUUAUUUGUUCGGGAGCCGCUAACUUAAACCGGCGUCUUAGAUUUUGUGGAGGGAUCCGACUCCGACAACGACUCUCUUUGCACAUUGUCUCCCACCACAAUAACAGUGACAUUAGAAACUUUAAGUCUCUAAGUUUCAAUAAAAAGAAACUUUAAGUCUCUAACAAUUAUGAUUUAAUGAAUAACUAUGGUAUUCAAACAUAAGAUAAUAAACGCGUGUGUUUUAGAGAAAUUAUCAACAAAUAUAAAAAAUAACUUGUUCCAUUUAAAUGUAAUGACCAAUCUUUUCUAGUUUUUUCUUUCCAAAUUAUAUAAAUAUCAUGCAAGUGGAAAAUCAUCUAACUAACAUAUUAAAAAUGAAUAGAAAUAUGAUUUUUUUUAACGUUUGGAUCUUCAUUAGUUUUUUUGUAACUUAGAAAAGAAAAACUAUAUUCAUUGAGAAUUGAUGCAAUACAUAUUAGAACAUAGGAUUAUUAAAAAAUUAAAUUGUUUGCAAUCUUUUGAAAAUUAAGUGUCUUCAAACAUGUUUUCCCUAAAGAGGUAUCUAGACCAGUCCACCUUGCCAUGUUUACAUGAUCCAGCUCCCAAGUACAAAACCUUCUACAUCUUUUAAUCAAUGAUCCAAACCAGCCGUUUAUCAGUAGUUUUGAUUUAUAAAACCUUCCAUCAUAUGCAUUUCAACCAAUGACUACUCUUCUUUUGAUAAACCAAAUACUCUAUACUUUCCCAAACACAAGCUAAAUCGGUAAAUGUCUAAGCAAUUUCAGACCUAACUAAUUUCUUCUAACUAUUAAAAUCAUUAAAUUUGUUUUUUUUUUCUUAUUUGAGUUUCUUCUGAGGUAAAGUACUUUUUAUAUGUUUAAUAUUUAAUAAAUUAUUUGAUUAUUUAAAUUAAGUAACCUUUUCUCACACAAAUAAAAACAGCAAAUAAAUUAAUUCACUCAAUAAAAAAAAUCAUAGAUACACAACCAUUAAAACAGACCUCCAUGUUGACAAAAAAAAAAACAGAUCUCCAUAACUUGAAUACCCUUCAUUUUUCUUCUCGUUUUUUAAAGUCAAACUUCGAUUUCCCCUCCAAUUUUUGUCGAAUUUUGUCAUUUUCUUUAACAAUAAACUUACUGUUAAGCAAAAAAAAAAAACACUUAAGAAACGAAAGUAUGACGGCGCAUAUAAUAAUGUAGAGUCUAACUGAUAACCUUCACAAGAAUAUUGGAAACAAAUAAAAAAGAAACAGAAAAGAAUAAAAUUAUUAGAAUAGUGAAGAAAAAUGAUUCUUUAUCAUAUUUAGUGAGAAAUAAAUUUAUUCAAUAUUUUUUGACAAUAAAAAGAAUAAAAAAAUAGAAAAAAAACUAUUCCUUUUGAAUGGUAAUUUUUUUGGAAAUGUUAAGAAAUACUUUGUUCUUCUUCGUUUUUUGGUCACUAAUCAAACCCAUAAUAAUAUUUAUUAUUAACCAUGCUUUAUGCAUUAACAAUAAAAUAAAAAUAAAAUGAAAAAUGUAAAAAUAAAUAAACAAAGCAAGAAAAGAUCUGCAGGACCGAUCCUUAUUUGAGUGUGAAGAAGUCUCUCUACCUUUUCCAAUUGGGAGAAAACCAAAAAAAGAAAGCAACCACCGUCCGUCGGGGUCGUGAGAAAAGUCUCGUUUUUUAUAGACCGACCAACUAACUGCUCUCUCUCUACCUUUCCUCGAAAAUUCCCGUCCCCUUCAAAAACCAAUAUUCACAAGCCUUCUUUGAACACCCCCAAUCUCCGGAUCUACAAAAUUGAUUGAUUGAUUAGUUCUCUAGGAUGAUAAUUCCGCAUGACUGUUGAUUUCUCGUUCCGUGUUUUCCGAUUUAGGGUUUGUUUUCCCCCCGGAUUAGGGUUUUUUUUCGUGAUGGGUGAUGAGGGUUCAGUGUUUGCCGUGAGAGAUGAUUUUGAUGGUGGUUUCAAGUUUGAAGACGACGAUAAGGAUCUCACUAUUGACAUCGAAAUGAUUUAUCGGAUUCUAGAUGAGAAGCCCGAUUCUGCUGAGGGUAGCCAAGAUAAUUCAUCUCCAGCUGCUUCUUCUCCUGGCGAGCUCAAGAAUUCACACUUGCAAAAUGGAACUCAGAUGGUUGAUGAUUGGUUACCUUCUCGGGAUUCAUAUAACUUGACAUUUGAUGACCAUGUGAAAGUUGCCCCUGGCCUUAGUCCUUCACCUGCUCGUACUUGCUCUGCAAGUCUUAAAGAUUGGUUUCCAGUGAGCCAGGAUGGGCAUCCUGUAGCUCAAUCUGAGAUGACUAGUAGUGUAUCUUCUGGUUCCAUGGACAGAUACAAUACUUGUUUCUCUGACCAUGCUGGCAACGUCUCCUUCCCUCCCCUGAACUGUAACGUUGACACUCUAUCCAAUCACGAUGACGUGAUAACUGAUUCCAAAUUGACGUCGUGCAGCCCCACAACGUUUUUCGAGGAAGUUCCUGGAUAUGGAGAUGCUCAUAAUUCCUCUACCAUGACUGGUUUUGUUGCGAGUCCAACACUCUCAGCGACGGUGCCGAUAACAGUAUCUCUUCUGCACAAAAUUGCUACAACACAAGUGCAUCAUCAUCAGAACAUACCCCCAAUUUUGCCUUUCAGUUCUUUCCCAAUAAAGAAGAAGCUGUGAAUGAUGCUGAUAGUGGAGUGAGUGAGUGUGAGUCGGAUGAUGCCAGCCGGAUGAUUUUUGAUAGACACGGGAGAGUAGAUAGCGGAUCUUUAGACAGGAAAUCUGUUGUUGAUUUAUCCGGUGCCAGAGGGAUCGGUUUCAAGUGUGAAAGUAAUCCUUCAUUUUCUCUUCCCUGCGGCAAACCUUACAAUGAUUUUGACAGUCACUUAGCUGAUGGUAAAUCUGCCCGUGUGAAGGUUAAGACAGAGGCUGAAUCAGAGAAAGUGGUUUACAGUUCAGUUCGGAAGGAAGAAAGUAUUAUGGACCCCGUUUAUGCACCAGGGGAAACUAGCCAUUGGUGGUCUGGUGCAUCUGGCUGUACAGUGUCCUAUCAAACAUAUAUUGAAGAAGGAUUCGCAUUUAUGGCACAGCAAACUAGUUUCCCUAGUAAAGACAGUGGCAACUCCAAUAAAUUUUAUGAUUCAAAUGCAUGUUUGCAAUAUGUUGCAGCAGAUCCGAGCCCAGCGACACAGAUCAAUGGGUAUUUAAACUCUCCGACACAACAAGGAAACCAAGAACAUAUUCAAGCAAGGAGCAGUGAUUAUAAUUUCUCAAACGGAAGCUUUGAAUCAGUUCAAAUUGUUUCUUCAGAAUAUAUAUCUGACAGUGAUGAUGAUUCUGACGUCUGCAUAAUAGAAACUAAUGGUCAAUCUGCAAACCCAUAUCGACCUCUAGCUAUGAAAAGUCCGGUGAUUUCUUCACAAUAUUCUUCUAGUGCUCAUACUUUUAAUCAACCUGGAGGCACGAGACUCCAGUCAAACAAAGAAAAUAUGAUCUAUCAAGCUGCAUUGCAGGAUCUCUCUCUUCCUAAUGCUGAAGCAAGUCUUCCUGACGGUGUCUUGGCAGUUCCGCUUAUGAGACAUCAGCGAAUUGCAUUGUCAUGGAUGGCCAAUAAGGAGACAACUGGCUCACCUUGUUCGGGAGGAAUUCUUGUAGAUGAUCAGGGACUUGGGAAGACAAUUUCCACCAUAGCACUCAUACUAAAGGAACGGUCUACACCUUCCCGAGCAUGUGAAGAGAGUAUCAAGAAAGAAUUUUUUGACUUAGAAAGCGAGGGUGGAGAAUGUGCGUCCUCAAAACCCAAUGGAAGGAGCAAGGAAGUUGUUGGAAAUUGUGUGGGUAAGGUGAAGGGGAGGCCAGAUGCUGGAAAGCUUGUUGUCUGUCCCACUAGUGUUAUGCGACAGUGGGGUGAUGAAUUGCGCAAGAAGGUUACUAGUGAAGCGAAUCUCUCUGUACUUGUAUACCAUGGGUCCGGCAGAACAAAGGAUCCUCAUGAGUUGGCAAAAUAUGAUGUUGUGGUUACCGCAUAUUCUAUCGUGAGCAUGGAAGUGCCAAAGCAGCCUCUUGUUGAUGACGAGGAUGAAGAGAAGGAUGAUGUACGUAACGGUGAAGGUGCAGCUGCUGGCCUUUGCCCAAACAAGAAAAGGAAAUAUCCUCCCGAUUCUCAAAAGAAGAGCUCAAAGAAGAAGAAACGUCUUGAUCGCGCAUCGGUUGAGGCUCAGUCGGGCGCUCUUGCAAAAGUUUCCUGGUUCAGAGUUGUUCUGGAUGAUGCACAGAGCAUUAAAAAUCACAAGACCCAAGUUGCAAGAGCAUGCUGGGGCCUUCGUGCUAAACGGAGGUGGUGUUUGUCUGGUACUCCAAUCCAGAAUUCAAUCGAUGAUCUCUACAGCUACUUCCGGUUUCUCAAAUAUGAUCCUUAUUCUUCUUACGUUUUAUUCUGUAACUCAAUUAAGAACCCUGUAGCUAAGAUCCCGGUGAAAGGAUAUCAGAAGCUGCAGGCUAUCCUUAAAACAGUGAUGCUUCGCCGAACUAAAGGUUCACUUAUUGACGGGAAACCCAUAAUCUCUUUACUUCCUAAGUCUAUUGAGUUGAGAAAAGUUGAAUUCACUAAGGAGGAACGUGAUUUCUACUCCAACUUGGAGCACACAUCUCGUGAUCACUUCCAGGAAUAUAAAGAAGCCGGGACAGUAAAGCAAAAUUAUGUAAAUAUUUUGUUGAUGCUCUUGCGUCUUCGCCAAGCUUGUGAUCACCCUCUUCUCGUUAAAGGUGAAUACAUUUUUACUUGGGAAUCCUCGCUCGGAUUAGCUAAGAAGGAGAAUUUAUCAGAAGCUUCAUUGCAAAUUUGUGGUAUCUGCAAUGAUUCACCUGAGGAUGCUGUUGUGUCAGUCUGUGGUCACGUUUUCUGUAAGCAGUGCUUUUAUGAGUGCCUUACGGGCGAUAAUAAUAUAUGCCCGAAUGUAAACUGCAAUAGCAGACUUGCUACUGUGCCUUCCAUGCAUGAUAGUGCCUCAUCAGUUGUUCAUGUCGAGACUGUUGACCCUUGUUCUGAAGGUCUUCCAUAUGAGUCAUCUAAAAUCAAGGCUGCUCUGGAGAUCUUACAGUCACUUGCUAGACCACAGGAUUCGACAUAUAUGAAUCAGAUCUCUCAAAAAUCAGGGGACUCGAAUCUUUCUGUAAUUCCAGUUAAGGUUGUUGGAGAAAAGGCCAUUUGUUUUUCUCAGUGGACAAAGAUGCUGGACCUACUUGAAGCUUCUCUUAUAAGAUCGGGUAUUCAAUAUAGAAGGCUCGAUGGAACAAUGUCAGUUGCUGCUCGAGAUAAAGUAGUGCAAGAUUUCAACACUCUGCCUGAGGUUACUGUAAUGAUCAAGUCACUCAAGGCUGCUAGUCUCGGACUGAACAUGGUAGCAGCGUGUCAUGUUCUAAUGCUAGACUUGUGGUGGAACCAAACAACCGAGGAUCAGGCUCUUGAUAGAGCACAUCGCAUAGGACAGACACGACCAGUAACAGUGGUUCGAUUCACAGUAAAAGAUACAGUGGAAGAUCACAUAUUAGCCCUUCAGCAAAAGAAGAGAAUGAUGGUGGCCUCUGCAUUUGGUGAAGAUGAAAAGGGAAGCAGACAGUCUCAUCUCACCGUGGAGGACUUGAACUAUCUGUUUAUGGCAGAUUAAUGAGAGCUCUUUUCGGCUAGUGCGUGGGUACAUAUGAUAGGUUCUUUCUUUUGUCUUUGUGCAGUUUAUGGAGGAGGAAACUCUUGGUUUAACUGACUACAGGUAUGGGAAUAUGGAAAUAGAAAAAACUGAAUUUGAUUGGUUACGAUUCUAUUUAGACUUUUAGGUAUUGCAAUGAAGACAUUAAGAGUCUUUUGCUUUUGAAUCACUCAUUGUAAGAGUACAUAUUGAUUGGUCCGUCAGGUUAAUGAUAGCUUCUUUUUUUUUGUCA